AUGAGUGUGCCCCCGAAUUUUUUCCUUCAGCCAGCCAACCCAAGUUUGAGGCCACCCCCAGUUCCACCAAGGUACAUCAAGAGGCAGAUCUACAAUGACCCUGGUGUCUUCAGAAUUAUAGAUGAUCAUUCUGUCAAUGAAGCCAGAACCAACUACAGAAACUUUAAAGAGCUCAUGUGGAACUUGGUCUUCAAGAAACAUUGGAAUGAAUUGGAAAAAGCUAGGGCCAUCUUCAGAUGGAUGACUACAAAAAAUUUGUUCACAAUAAUGUUUGAUAGUGAACUUCCUGGGUCACCUGAACAAGUUCUUGGAGCUUUCAAAGAUGGCAAGACAACUUACGCCAAGAUAUUUGAAUGCCUUGCCUGCUAUGCAGGACUGCAUUGUGUUACAUUAUCUGGCUGGGCUAAAGGUGUUGAUUACAAGCCAGGCAUGCCACUGACAACCAUCCCACCUAACCACAGUUGGAAUGCGGUAUUUAUUGAUGGCUGUUGGCAGCUGAUUGAUUGCCAUUGGGCCACCAGAUAUCUCCAGUCAGAACGUAACACUCCAGAGAGUUUGGUCUAUGAAUAUGAUGACUUCUACUUCCUUACAGAGCCAGGAAUGCUGGUGUACAGCCACAUGCCAGAGGAGCCACAGUGGCAACUCAUCCACCCUGUGAGAUCCAGACUGGAGUAUGAAGAGUAUCCACUUGUCAAAUCCUUCUUCUUCAAUAUUGGGAUGCAGUUCCUUCAGCAGAAUCGUGGAAUUAUAUUCACAAAGCGUGGCGUCGUCACUGUCACUCUUGGUUUUACUCAGCCAACAGCCUUCACCUUUAAACUGGUUUCUGUUGAAAAUAAUUCUGAAUUUGUUCAAGGACUGCAGUUGAAAAGAUAUGUUCUCCAGGAAACUACAGAUGAUAGAGUGACAUUUUAUUUCAGAUCUCCGAGAGAGGGCAAGUAUUAUUUGACGGUGUUUGCUCAACCCAUAGCGGAUAAGAUGAAAUUUGAAAAUGUCUUCAAAGCUGCAUGUGAAUACAAAAUAAUCUGUGACCAAGCAGCACCUGAUGUUAAGCCGUAUCCUCUCUGUUCUGAUGCAAACUGGGGUGCCGGUGCACCUGUCAAACAAUAUGGACUCACUCCUAGUGUAAAGACUGCAUUGAUAUCUGCUCCGAAUGGUCGUGUUGAUUUAAUGUUUAAGAAAACCAGAGAUAUAAGACUGUUUGCUCGACUUGUUAAGGAGGGCAUCGACGAGGAUGCUUUGGAAGAAGCUGUUUCUGUCGUUGAACAGGAGAAUGCUGACUACAUUACUGUUGUUUUGCCUGCUUCUGGAGAGUAUGGAUUGGAAAUCUAUGCCAACGAUCCAAUCAGAGAGGGAGAUACCUACACACACAUUUGUCAGUAUCUCGUCUCCUUUUCAGACAGAGAUUUUGCAGCUACCUAUGGACAGGUCUUUGAUAGAACUGAUCUGUCUGCCACAAUGCAGGCUCCACCUACUUUAUAUACUGGACCUGGUGGCCAAUUUGGAACUUUGCCUGCUGCAGGGGCUGUGAGAUAUGGACCUCAAGGAGGGAAAGUUCCACCUGGUGGACCAGUUCAGGAUUGGGACAGUCAGAUGUACCAAGGAAAAUCUGGAUAUCGACCAGAUGAGUACCAAGGUGAUGGCUCUGGAACAUACAGACAACAGCCAGGACAACAGAUGUACAAUGCUGGAGGAAGAGGUGAUCAGAUGAAUCAAGCCUAUCAGCAACAACAACGAAAACCUGGAGGUGGAGAUGAGUAUCAGGGUUAUGAAGGAGGAAGAUCAGGAUAUGGCCCUGGUGGCUACAUGAACCAACCUGCUGGCAAACAAACUGCACCAGGGACAGCUCAAGAUCGGAAUACACCUUACUACGGUGGACCGAUUGGAGCGGGAGGCACUGUGCAGGAAACGUCAUAUUAUGGUACUAAACCGGCAGACACACACAGACACAGAAUUAUACAAACGAUCACAUUUUCAGGAUACUAUGGACAAGGUGUUCCCCAGGGAGCUAAUGAUCAAUCAAAUAAAAACUUUCAGCAAGGUCCCAAUGCAGCUGGUGAUAAUCAAAGAUAUGGUAGUUCCUCAAAUAUUUAUGGCAGACAAACAGAUUAUGGAAGGCCAGUUGUUCCAUACAAGACAGGUGGGACAACAGUCGAAGAUGUAACAACUAAAAAACCACUUGAAAUCGUCUAUGUCACCAACAUCACUGAGAAAGUUGCAACUCCUGCCUCCAACCUCCGCAAGUCUCAAGAAAGUCUAGGAGAUGAAACAAACAAGAAGCCAGUGGAGAUUGUUUAUGUCCCUGGUGCUACUAUGGCUGGCCCUGCCAAGAAAUCGCCCAAACCACCACCUAAAGUUCCAAAUAAGCCUGGAGUUGUUUCAGAUGGCUCUGAACUUGGGACCACUAAGUUUACUAAACCGUCUUCAAACAUUACAUCUAUUGCCGUUAGCGGAAAAUCAGAUCCUGUCAGAGCUGCUGCACUUGGUGGCAGUAAAUUGCCUAGUGGAACUUUACAAGGUGAAGAUUUCCCACCACCACCGCCUGGUUCAGCAGCUGCAACUUAUGGAGGCACUCCUGGUGGUAAUUCAUCCGUCAACUACCCACAGCAAUAUGGAAAGAACACCUACCAGAAAGUUAACUAUCCAUUUGGCGGAGACAUUCCAGAAUCACAGCAGUUCAGUCAGUUUGCUCCUUCAGAGCCAGAACAAGAAUACAAACCCCACCCACAGAAAACAUACACGAGUCACAUUACAAUGAAGGCUCCUGAAAGUUUUAAACCUGUUCCAAUUGAGCAACAUGUUGCUCCAAAACCGGAACCACCUGCCGUUCCUCCGAAGCCCUUCAAAGAUACCAGUGUUUUCCAGAAUGUUGAUACCCAUGCCGUUGAGGUAUCGAAAGAAGAGCAUAAGAGUUUCAGAGAUUUGGUCUGGCAUCUUAUCUACGCUCGUGAAAUCACCAAUGAACUUGAAAAAGCAAGGGCUAUAUUUUUGUGGCUUUGUUCAAAAGAUCUAACCAAGCUGAACUUUGAUUCAGCACAGAAAGGCUCGCCUGAGGAGAUUCUCAUCAAUUUGCAGAAAGGUCAAACAACCUAUGCCGUCGUCUAUGAAAUACUUUGCAGUUAUGCAGGCCUCCACUGUAAAACCAUAAGUGGAUAUGCAAAAGGCGCAGAGUACAAGCCAGGAAUGAAAUUUGUAAACGAACAGGGGCAACACUCGUGGAAUGCUGUGCUCGUCAAUGGAGCUUGGAGAUUGGUUGAUUGUCACUGGGCUGCACGAAGAUUGGUUGGGAAAAAGGUGACUGCGGAAAAUGUUAGAUAUGAAUUGGAUGAAUAUUACUUCAUGCCAGAUCCUCAUCAACUCAUCUUCACUCAUUUCCCUGAUGAAGUCAAUUGGCAACUUCUAGAAAGAUCUAUUUCUUUAGCUGACUUUGAAAACCUAGUUCCAGUUAAAUCUGCUUUUUUCAAAUAUGGACUACAAAUUCUCGGACACAGAGAAGCAGUUAUCAAGACGAAACAAGAAGUUACUGUCCGGAUUGGAUGUCCUCCAUUCAAGAUGCAGUCUUUGGCUUUCACGUUCACUCUCACUCAAGAUGAUGGAAUUGAAGAUUACAAAAAUAUUAAGCUCAAUCGAUUUGGAAUGCAAGAAAUGGUAGACAAUGUUUCAUUUUUCACAAUAAGACCUCCUGAAAAAGGGUCAUACAGACUCAUAAUCUAUGCCAAAGAUCUAGACCAGCAAACAAAAGAAGGAGUUUAUGGAGGCGUUUGUGAAUACGAAUUAAAAUGUGAAGUGGCUCCACCUCAACCAAUGCCAUUCCCACCGUGUGUUCAUACAAGUUGGGGUCCAGGAGACAGUGCUGCUAAAUAUAAACUGGUUCCUCUUCAAAAGGGAGCAAUAUUUUGCACAGUUAAUGGCUUAGCUGAAGUUCGUUUCCAAACUCCAAAAGAGCUGCGUUUCACUGCAAAACUGAAGAGCAACGAGCAUGAAAACAACGAAAAAGCUUUAGCUGGUCACGUGAUGCAUAGAGUUGUUGGAGAUGUAGCUGUGUUUACCAUCAAUGCUCCCUCCAGAGGAGAAUUUGGUCUUGAAAUAUAUGCAAAUGAUCCUGAAGCAGACGGAAACUCACUUUAUCAUGCUUUCCAAUAUUUGAUUUUGUGUGAUGAAAACGUUGGAUAUGUUGAACCGCUGCCCACUUUGCCCAGUGGCUACUUGGGUGCACAACCCAUGUUUAAAAAGCUCGGCCUAACAACAUUGAGCCACAUUGAUCCAUACAUCCAAGCAGAUUCUGGCGAACUUCAGGUGCAUUUGGGAAUAACUCAACCAAUAAGGGUUACAUCACAGUUAAUAUUUUCUUCUGCCAACAAAGCUGAAGAUGUUUCAGACUACGUUCUUCAGCAAAGUAAGCCAGACAAGGUAAUACUUUUUGUUCGACUUCCUAAGCCUGGCUUAUACAAACUGCAAAUAUAUGCUUUACCAUAUUCUGACACAAAUGAGAAUCUACCAGGUGUGUUCAACUACCUUAUAAGCAGUCACGUAGCUGCAACAGGAUUACCAUGCUACCCGAAACAGUAUGGACAGUGGAAGGAAGGAUGUUACUUGCUUGCACCAUUGGAUGGCGUUCUUGCAAGGAAUCUUCAAAGGUUUUCUGUUGAAGUACCUAAAGCCAAUUCGGUUGCGGUUGUCGUUGGAGAUGAUUGGAUUCAGCUAGAACAAAAAUCAGGAGGAUUGUGGCAAGGAGAGGUAGAUCUAGGUAAAUCCAAAGGUCAAGAUCUUAAAGUAGCUCUAUGUGCUAAUUUUGGAAACGUCAAAGCCAGUUAUAGCACUCUCCUGGAGUUUUCACUUUAG